ACUGUUGAUUAAGAAGAAAGCUGUCAUGGCGGCCAAGGUUGUGAUGGUUGCCGUGCCAACCGUCCUGGGCAUAGCAUCUUUCCGGGUGUGCUCUAUGGAGGCUGAAUUGGAUGGCAUCUUCUCACCACAACAGCUGUCCAUCUACACCCCUCUGCCCCGAAACUAUCAGCUCCAGUUUGUCGCUGAGCAGCCAGGGGCGCUGCAGAACAGCGUGACCUCUCUCAGAGCCACAUUACAGCCCUACAUCCAAGCUGCACAGGGUGCUUGUGUCUCCGUGCAAGUUGGAAGUGUGCACCUGUACCAUGCGAGUCAAGAUGUGUACCACUAUCUGAAAGACCCUCCCCCAGGCUUCCUUCCUAGACUGGGCUCCAUCUACAUGGCUGGACUGGUGGGCAUGCUGGUCACCAGGCAGGACUCUCGUCUAAGGAAACUAGCAGUCCCCCUGGUCUUUAUGAGUGCUGGAGCAUCAGUGUGCUACCCUGCCCAAUCUGUGGCUCUGCUCAAGGUGAUGGGCAAGCAGCUGUAUGCAGCCGGUCAGUGGAGCACAACCACAGUCUCCUCGCUCCUGACCACUGUCAGCCCCAAAGAACCCAGCUCCAAAACCCAGACUGACAAUGUGCCAAAGCCAGAGGCCCCUGUAGAGGAGGAGGGGCCUCCUGUCCCUGGCCCCUCCCCGGACUCCGCCCAUUCCCCAGUCAGCCCCACCUCGGCCACGCCCCCCUCUGAUGUUGAGCUGGUGGCAGCGUUUGUGCUGGCGGCCACACCCACCACUGGAACUGGGAAGCCCCCAGCUCCAGGGCACACACACACGCCCGUCCUGACACAGGCUGACACACACACAGAACAUCCAGAGGUCAGCCCUGAACAGUCCCUGAUGGACUUUGGCCAGUCUGACCCUGAGGAUGCAGACCUGUACAGCACACGUAGCUGAGAGGACAGGACAGGAGAGGAGAGGAGAGGAGAGAAGGAGAGAGGAGAGGAGACAUGAGGAGAGGAGAGAAGGAGAGAGGAGAGGAGACAUGAGGAGAGGAGAGAAGGAGAGAGGAGAGGAGACAUGAGGAGAGGAGAGGAAAGUGAUCAAUGCCCUUACAGUGGCACAAUCAGGUUCAAUCAAGUCUCACAGUAAUCUGUAUGUCCUAAUAUAUGUUUAUCCUGCCAAGAGACAGCAUAAUCCAAUAACUGCAGCAAUGCUUUCUCUCAGUGUUAUCAGUGUGUUAUCAGUCUGUUAUCAGUGUGUUAUCAGUGUGUUAUCAGUGAGUUUGGUGCACUAUGCGAGUGUGUAGGCGGCUACAGACUGCCACAGUGAACACACACAUGACUAUUUACUACUGCGUACGGCUGUACCGCACAGGACGUGGUGACAUCAUGUCCUGUCUACUUUUGACUUCAAGGCUUAGGGGUUUUUGUGGGUGGGCAGCUUAAGAAUGAUACAAGUAUGUUUUAUAUCAUACUGAUAUGCAAAUUCUAAAUUAUAUGUAUCUGUGAUUGCAUACACAUUUUUGCACUUGUAGAGAUAAAUAUUUCCUAUGUAUCUUGAAUAAAUCUAUAUUUCUAAAGAAAA